CGCUACAACACUCCCAUGAACUGCUAGGCAUAAAUAAUCAUUACUUAGGCUAGCAGCUCAUAUUUCAGGGGCGUCUUCCGGUGACUUUCUGUUCAUCAGUCCAGCCAUGCCUCUUCCAGACACAUUCUACUGUGCCCAGCAAAUCAACAUCCCUCCCGAGCUGCCAGACAUCCUUAAAGACUUUACUAAGGCAGCCAUCCGAACACAGCCCAAGGAUUUGUUGCAGUGGUCUACAGCAUACUUCAGUGCUCUGUCUAAAGGAGAGUGUCUGCCUGUUAAGGACAGGCUGGAAUUAAAUGUUGCCACCCAGAAGACGGACACUGGGCUGACUCCAGGUCUUCUGAAGAUCCUCCACAAACAGCUGUCGCCCAAGACAACCUGUAGCAAAGAGGAACUGCAGGCGAAGUGGAAGGGCUUGUGUCUACCUGUGGCUCAGCUGGAGACCCUGCUGUCGCUGGGCAGCUUUGGCUCAGAUAUUGACUGGAUGGAGUUUUUUGCCCUGGGCUGCAGCGCUCUUGGAGGGACUCUUAUCAGUUCGCUUAAGUUUGCCUGCGAGAUCCUAACAGAGGAUGAGACGGGUGGUGCCGCAAAGAUCCCGUUCGACACCUUUGUCAGGCUCUACACUUACCUGGCUCAGCUAGACGGGGACGUGCCACAGGAACGCAUUGACAACUUCCUCGGCACUCUGCAGCCACAAGUGGACCUGCAACAUGGGAUGAUAAAGCCACUGGACUUUAUCUACUGGGACGAUGUGGCUUCAGCUCCAUAACAAACGUUGCACACCGAAGCUGGAGGUUUAACAGUGGAGGUGGAUUCGAAUCCUAAAAGGAUUGUGCAUCAUGUGCUGAUAUGUCAAAAAUAAGGAAAUGAUCUGGAAAUACUGUCUACAUUGUAAAUGCUAAAAACAGAAAUAUGGCUGAACUGUCUGUGAUAUCACCCUCACUUCUCUCAUACGUCUGGGGUAUACGCUCACCGCCAUCUUUAAGAUGGGAUUGACAGGCACCUGUCAAUCAAGCAAAGACCCGCGAAGCAUUUUCUCUUUGAGCCUCAUUAUCUUCCUAAUGGAACAGUGAUCUUAAAAUCCCCACUGUGACACAUAUCAGCAGGUGUGAAUUUAAUUAUUGAGACUUAAACUCGUUCAAAAAAAUACUGUAAUUACUUUUUGCAUUUUGAGAGAGGACCUCGGGGUUCGGGGUGGGGGUGCUUCAUUACAUUCUGGGAUUUAUUGCAGCCAUUAUCAUGCUGCCGUUGAAGGACCAGCAUUUUAUACAGCUUGAUAAGUCCCUUGUACAGUAGCAUUACCUACAUGAUUAUGCACAACAGUCAUUAGUUGCUCUGCAAGACGGCCAAAAAGAAAGUGUCCCCUCUUUCACUUUGAAGAUUUUAUAUAGCAGGACUUCUUAAAAAUUAUCUGGUCCUUACCAGGUUCUAAAAUGAUUUAAUGAGACAAAGGAUGAGCAACAUCACGUGAAAUAUUACACAGUUUCAUUAUUUGAUUAAUGAAAAUCAAUGUGUGUGAAAAACUAAGUAAACUGUAUGAUUCUGUAGCUGCUUGAAGUGAUAGUUUUUUGUGUGACUUUAUCAGUCUCUCACAUCACUGUGAAGGGAUUUUGCUGUUGUACUCCUUCCAUUAAUUGUGGUUUUCUUGCAUUUAUUUAUGCACAGCUCUAUUAAGGUCCCACCACAGUGUUUCAGUCAGGUUGAGGUCUGUUAAUUGUAUGCAGUUCACGUAUCUCGUCCUGUCUAUGUAGACAGGAAAAGAUAGAAAUUUACAUUUAACUAUUACAACCUUCCUGGUCUUUGGGAUAUAACCUCGAGUUGUGUUCACUGACAAAGACGCAUUCAGACUGAUGGAAACAUGCUGGCAAUCUGUCUGCAUUUAUUAAUUAGACAGCAUAAUCUCAGAGUGGUUGCAGUCUUUCAGGGUCAGACUGGGACUGUUUGCAGAAAGGUUGCCUCCUAUCAGGUGAAAUGAGUCCUCUGGGGUGAGUUGCCUGCUCUUGGAAAGAUUACAUCUAUCUUGUUUUCCACUUGUGAAUCAUUUUCUUACUGCAGAAUGAUGGACCAGAUUAUUUGGAGAUCACCCCACAACCAAUCCCAGAUGGCCAUCAAGAAUUGGUAAUCUAAGGUCUUUGCUGAUGUCUUUCCUCCUUAACACACACUUAAAUGCUACAGACUAGUACUAACAGCUGCUGAUGAUCAGUUGAUCAAGUGCAUUGGAUUAACAGCACCUUGCAGCUACUUACUGUCUUAAUUCCAAUAUUAUGUAAGGUUGCACUUGUUUGUAGUUUUUACACACACUGUUUUUGCCAUACUGUUUAUUAAAUAAAUAAUAACCCAGUGUAAUGCUUCAUGUGUU